AUGGCAAAAUGGUUAGUGGAGCCUAUCAGACUCUAUGACUUAGUUUUCCAGAAACCUCCAGAUACAAUAACUUUCAGUCUUACCCUAAAUAUUCUCUUCGUAACCGAAAUCCAAAAUCCUCAAGUUUCCCUUCGCAGGAAAGCUUCAGCGGACAGAAACGGCAGACAGAAGACGACAUCGUCCAGACGUCCAAGUGCCAUCAGCUUGCAUUCGAGACCGAUCACCGCGCAACAAAGGCAACAAAAGCCGGAGAAACUACCGUUGACGCACAAUUUCGUUACGGAGGAUAAUUCCACGAAGAUGGUUAGCAAAGCUGUAGACGUUUGCCUGCCAAAGACCAGAUUUAGCUCCCAGGACAGGAGCUUUCGGUCGUGUUCGUCGCCUAGACUGAAGUAUUUCCCAGCGGAGAAAAUCAAAAAGUUGGAAAACCCUCCGCCAUUCCCUCCAGAGCCAAUCGGCGCUUUAAUUGCUCAGCAAGAUCCUAAACAGUCGGGGAUCAUGUAUAUGGAUGCGCAACCUGAACAACGCAGGGACAAUGGCCAAGGUGACGCUGCUGUUGUUGCGCAACUACUGCAACAGCGUCAGCAGCAACAAGGUCUCGAAUCCGAUCUCCAAGUAAUCCAACUUUGGCGGCGCAUUAAAGUACAAAUGAAUCGUUUGCAGCAGGGCACGCAGAGCGCGAGUCAGCAACAGGUUGCGUCUCAGCAGCCGAUCCAUCAGAUCGGUCAGAUGAAUCCUCACUCGGAGUGCGUGUUGCCUCAACAGGUCCCUCUGAACGCGCCCCAAUCACAUCGUCCUUUCGUUCCUCACGGAUCGAGGGAUUAUUCCCCGCGAAAGAAUCUUCACGCGACGCUUCAAAAUCCUGCUCAAAUUGCACCGGCGUCUCAGUCAGGUGCUCAACAGGUUCCGAUAAUGGAUCAAGGACAAGGGAAGAACGAGGAUCAGAUAAAUGGAAGCGACGUUGACUACGACAAGCAACCGGUUGGUGGUCGAAAUGCAGCGUUUUACAGAAAAAUUAUGAUCAAUAGGCAAGGACAUCCUCAGUCUCAGCCUUCUGUGGAGCCUGUUGCGUUGAGUCAGGCUAACGUCAAUCCUCAGCAUGUUCACAAUCAAUAUUCCACUCACGGCGAUGUAACUCAGCAGAGUCCUCAGCAGAUCUACCAGCAGAUGCAGCAGAAUAUGGUCCAACAGCAGCAGAUGCAGCAGAAAGCGACGAACUAUCAGAUGCAGAUGAUAAAUGGUCAGCAACAGAUGGAGAAUAAUCAAGGAUCUCCUUACACUAAUACUUCUCAGCAGUUUGGAAGGCAUUUUUCUAGCCAAGGCACGACUUCCCCUCAGGGUGUAACAGCGAAUCAGAUAAGAAAUUCGAGGAUGAUGAAUCAUCCGAUGUAUCAAAGAGACUUGGACUAUUCGACGAAUCCUCAGAGUGCAUGGUCUAGGAAUAAUCAGGUGUCUGAGUACUCCAAUGCCAAGGCUCAGCUGAAGGCUUACAAUGUCGAGGUGGUAGGUGGUAAUCAGCCACAGUAUAGAAUGCAGAGUCAGCAGCAACAGCAGCAGUUCUUGCCUCAGUAUCAGCACCAGCCUGUGCACCAGCAUCAGCAGAUGUACAGGAAUCCUGGCCAGGGGAACAUGCCGAUGCAAAGACAGCAGAAUGUGGUGUACAAUAAUCAGCCAGCAGGUGGAUUUAAUCAACAGCUGAGCUCUAAUCAACAAGCAAUUAAUCAGCAACCGAUUAUUCAGCAACAAAACUUUCAACAAUCUAUACCUCAACCAAAUAUUCAGCAACCCAUAGAGAAUCGAAACGCUCAGUUCGAGAAUAGAGCUUCAAAGUUCACUGUUGGAAUGAUUCGAGAUCAGGAAAAAUUGCUGGCCGCCAUGAAGCAGCAAGGAAUACCCAUGGACAUUAUGAAGAGGCAAUUCGACGGUUUACUGAACGAGCAACGAAAAUUCUUAGAUUAUCUGGAGCGGAAACAGCAACCGGACGCUUCGGAAGGCAAGAGACCAGUGCCUAUGCCUCGGAAAAGGAAACAGGAAGAUGAGAAGCCUGAAUGGAUGGUUCAUCUUACACCUCAAAGAUUGUCUUAUCAAGAAAUAGAGAGAGUGCAGGAGCAGAGAAGAAAAGAACGUGAAGCCCAGCAAAUGGAAUUGAUGCAGCAACAGCAGCAACAGCAGAGGAUGAACGAAAUGUCUCCUCAGCAGGUUCCAGUGCAAGCUAUGAAUCAACAGAAUUAUCAACAUUGGCAACGGCAACAGCAACAGCAACAGCAGCAGAAUCAUAAUUGGCAACCACAGCAGCCAGCUCAGCAACACUAUAGCAACAUGUACUCUCAACCUUAUGCUGUUUCUAAUCCUGGUAACGUUAACGAGCCAGAGAAACGCGUCAACUAUCAGCAGAAUGUUCCACAAUAUCAAUAUACUCAUCAGCAUCCUUAUCAGCAACAGUUCCAUCCACAAAUGCAGCAAUAUCAACAGUACUAUCAGAAUAUUCCAGCAAAAAAUCUGGAACAGGCGCGUUCUACUAAUAUGCCAGUCUACAACGACAACAGACCAUCGAGUGAGCCAUCUAGCUUAUUAAAAUUGCGCCAGUACAAGAACGAAGUUCGUCCACAGAGAAGGAACAACGGGCUCCAAGAUCCAAGCGAGGCGAAGAGGCAGUUAGAAGAGCUCAGAGUGUCGGCAGAGGACAGAAAAGGCUUGGAAUACCUAGCGAAUAUGAGUUCGAAAAGAUGCACGGCAAAAUUAAACGGAAUGCAAGAACGUGACGAUCUAGAAGCCGAAUUCCAGCAACGAUUGAUCACAGCUGGCAUGCAACCGCCUGCUAAAAUAAUGUCUGCAAACGGUUUGGAGAACUCCAGGAACCCAGACAAUCCCCCUCCUCGAAGAUUGUCCAAUCUGAAAAGGAUGGAGCAAGAAUACACGAGGGAGUACCCUAGACAGAAGCAAAAUAAUCUGAGAAACUGUUACAGCGUGCAAGCAGAGAGGGAGAAUGGUACCGUGGCUGUGGACCAGCAACAGAUGUAUUCGCAGCAACAGUUUCAGAAUUCGACAAACGUGAUUCCUUACAACGAGAAGAACCCAAUGAUGGCUCGUGGAACCGUGAUGCCGUUCAGGUUCGACGGGAGCUAUCCUCAGCACUAUCAGCAGAUGCAACAGUACUAUCAGAACGCGAAGAAUAUAUCCAGCAACAAUGGCGAAGGAGACCUUGGGUCGACGCAGAAGAUCGAACAGAAUAAAGGAGGUUUCGAUAGAGCAGGUGGCGAUGCAAACGAAAAUAUGAAUAAUAUGAUGAAUACACAAAUGGCGGAGGGCAAGAUGGCUUACCAGGGGAUGUACUAUAGCCAACCGAAUAUCCACGAAGCCAGGACUAUCGGGGGUGUGAGAUACUUGGCCAGGAAACAAGACUACAUACCCAAUCAGCAAGUUAUCGCGCCGGAAACUCUGAUUGCGAAUAGGCAUCUGCAACCCCCGAUCAUUUAUUAG